GUAUUGAUUGCAGUGUCUUUUGCUGUUUGUGCAUGAUGACAUCAACUCUCUGAACGUGCACAUUUCACUGAGCAACGUUGCGGUGACAACAAAUGUAUGGUCGCACGUCCAUUCCCGCAUUGCUAGUUCUUUCAUGCGAAUUCACCCAUUCAAAUCAACACGACGAAGAGGUAGCCUCAAUAUAUCAUGCGUAUUCACUAUUAUUGUUUAGCCAGCUUCAAGCUAUCUACGCUUCUACCUGUGGGAAAACAUUUUGUCGUGUAGGGCACUAUCUUACGCCUCGAAAGUCGCUGAACUCAAAGAGGAUCACACGCAAAUUGAUGCGCUUGGAUAGACUUCAGGUAUCCACCUCGCCAUCAUCACAGGCGGACAUGUCUCCCAAGGUUAUGGCACGGCCUCCACACAUAGCAUCCUUUCUGCGCCAUACUUUCCGAUCAGAGUCUAGCGGUCCCACUGCUUCUUUCGAGCUACUUACCACCUUCGCUCUGUCCCUUCGAACACGUCUCACUGUCCUCUGCAGGGCCUCGUAUGAUGGGCUACGAGGUAUCAAAAUAUUCGAUAGCAGCGUCCAGCCCUGCAAAUACUCACAGGCAAUGUUAUUUUCUCUGAGCAGGACUUUGCGGGGUUCCGAAAGGCCUUUUGAGGUGCCCUCGAGGGUGCUUCAGCGGACAUCAAGUAGCUUUAUAAAUGACCCACCAGGAUCUCGAUAUCUGGUCAUCCUAACAAGAGAUCAUGACAUUCCGAGCCCAGCGCCCACUGCCAGUGGAAAAAGAACGUAUCUUCUUUCAUAUCUGCACUCAUUAUAUUGCAGACUCCUACCCAAGGCUUUGAUCUCUACGAAAAUGGUGCCGGUGCAGCCAGAAUCCAUUCGCCGAUACUACAGUGUCGUUGGCGGAAAUCGGGCCGGUCUGCAAAAUUUGUUGUGCCUGGGCCACGGCAUGGAACAGGUGGCAGAACAGGUGUCUGACAAAACUCAAAAGCGGAGACUUCCGGAGAUAUAAUUGAUAACAGCAACGAAUUCUGCAAUAGAGCACAAAACUGAAGCAAGUUGACUCAAGUACUGACUUUAUGUCACACACACCAUGUGUGACAGUCUGUCUGGCCCAAAUAGCAGAGUUGGUGAGACCCAACAUGCAUCUGGAAGAACUUUCCUUCUCUCAGUGCGCAGAAAGUGGGUCAGUGGCCCACGUCAUGCAUCAUCUUGGCUCAUGUUUUUUUUUCACUCGGACUACCAACUUACAUCAGGCCGACUUCCAAAUAAAUAGCUUCAUAAUCGAUAUCAUAUCGUUAUGGCCCGGUCAUCCGAUCAACUGCGUUCAUCACAGAUUUCGACGAAUCACGGCGGCUACGGUGACUAACUAGGACCCAGAUCAAACAUGUGCUAGUGGAU